UCGAUUUGGAGUGCAGAGGAGAUUUUCAUCUGUUUUUGUUUCUCAUCAAUUUCUUCGGUAAUGAGUUCCACCGUUGGAGGAGGCGGAUCGGCUGAGCCUUCCGGUGUCAAGAAAACCUCUAAGCGACCAAAAUAUUCUAAGUUUACUCAGCAAGAGCUUCCAGCGUGCAAGCCAAUUCUUACUCCAAGAUGGGUGAUCUUGACAUUUCUAGUUGCUGGGGUUGUCUUCAUUCCCCUUGGAGUGAUCUGCUUAUUUGCUUCUCAGGGAGUCGUCGAGAUUGUUUAUCGAUAUGACACAGACUGCGUUCCACCAUCUUCUAGAAACAACAUGGUCGCUUACAUACAAGGUGAAGGAGAUAAGAUAUGUAACAGAACAUUAACGGUGACAAAACCUAUGAAGCAUCCUGUCUAUGUUUACUACCAACUUGAGAAUUUCUACCAAAACCAUAGACGGUAUGUGAAAAGUCGAAACGAUGCACAACUAAGAAGUCCAAGCGAAGAGCGAGAUGUGAAGACCUGUGCACCUGAGGAUAAUGUGGGUGGAGAACCAAUUGUUCCAUGUGGUCUUGUUGCUUGGAGUUUGUUUAACGAUACUUAUAGCUUUUCAAGAAAUAGUCAACAACUUCCUGUGAAUAAGAAAGACAUCUCAUGGAAGAGUGACAGAGAACACAAGUUUGGGAAAAAUGUCUUCCCUAAAAAUUUUCAGACAGGAGCGCCAAUAGGCGGUGGAACUCUUAAUAUUUCUAAACCGUUGAGUGAGCAAGAAGACCUCAUAGUCUGGAUGCGAACCGCGGCUUUGCCAACAUUUAGGAAGCUGUAUGGGAAGAUUGAGACGGAUCUACACGCAGGUGAUACCAUAACGGUCUUGUUGCAGAACAACUACAACACUUACAGCUUCAAUGGGCAGAAGAAGCUAGUGCUAUCAACAACAAGCUGGCUAGGUGGAAGGAACGAUUUCCUCGGGAUUGCAUAUCUGACAGUAGGCAGCAUUUGCUUGUUCUUGGCUGUUACAUUCGCGGUAUUGUAUCUAGUUAAGCCAAGGCAACUCGGAGAUCCGUCGUACCUUUCGUGGAACAGAAGUGCUGGAGGUUGCUACGACGCCGUUUCGGUUGCUUCUGGUUUCUCCAUGUCUAUCAGCCUCCGCUCCUCCGGUUGUUCGUCUCCGAUCUCAGCUACUUUGGAAAAGAGAUUGGAAGCAGUAGAUCAAACUAGAGCUAACAAUGUGAGCUUUGAGCAAACAAAGGAAAAGAUUAAAAAGAUGUUGGAUAAAGUCGAGCUUUCUGUUUCGGCCUACGAUACUAGUUGGGUAGCAAUGGUUCCAUCACCGAGUUCCCAAAAUGCUCCACUUUUCCCACAGUGUCUGAAAUGGUUAUUGAAAAAUCAACAUGAAGAUGGAUCUUGGGGACUUGAUAAUCAUGACCAUCAAUCUCUUAAGAAGGAUGUGUUAUCAUCUACACUGGCUAGUAUCCUCGCGUUAAAGAAGUGGGGAACUGGUGAAAGACAAAUAAACAAGGGUCUCCAGUUUAUUGAGCUGAAUUCUGCAUCAGUCACUGAUGAAACCAUACAGAAACCAGCAGGAUUUGAUAUUAUAUUUCCUGGGAUGAUUGAAUAUGCUAGAGAUUUGAAUCUAGCGAUUCCAUUGGGCUCAGAAGUGGUGGAUGCCAUGAUACGAAAAAGAGAUCUGGAUCUUAAAUGUGAUAGUGAAAGAUUUUCAAAGGGAAGAGAAGCAUAUCUGGCCUAUGUUUUAGAGGGAACAAGAAAUCUCAAAGAUUGGGAUUUGAUAGUCAAAUACCAAAGGAAAAAUGGGUCCCUGUUUGAUUCUCCAGCCACAACAGCAGCUGCAUUUACUCAGUUUGGAAAUGAUGGUUGUCUCCGUUAUCUCUGUUCUCUCCUUCAGAAAUUUGAGGCUGCAGUUCCUACCGUUUAUCCAUUUGAUCAAUAUGCACGCCUUAGUUUAAUUGUCACUCUUGAAAGCUUAGGAAUUGAUAGAGAUUUCAAAACCGAAAUCAAAAGCAUAUUGGAUGAAACCUAUAGAUAUUGGCUUCGUGGGGAUGAAGAAAUAUGUUUGGAGUUGGCCACUUGUGCUUUGGCUUUCCGAUUAUUACUCGCUCAUGGCUAUGAUGUGUCUUACGAUCCGCUAAAACCAUUUGCAGAAGAAUCUGGUUUUUCUGAUACUAUGGAAGGAUAUGUUAAGAAUACGUUUUCUGUGUUAGAAUUAUUUAAGGCUGCCCAAAGUUAUCCACAUGAAUCAGCUUUGAAGAAGCAGUGUUCUUGGACUAAGCAAUAUCUGGAGAUGGAAUUGUCCAACUGGCUUAAGACCUCUGUUCGAGAUAAAUACCUCAAGAAAGAGGUCGAGGAUGCUCUUGCUUUUCCCUCCUAUGCAAGCCUAGAAAGAUCAGAUCACAGGAGAAAACUACUCAAUGGUUCUGUUGUGGAAAACACCAGAGUUACAAAAACCUCAUAUCGUUUGCACAAUAUUUGCAGCUCUGAUAUCCUGAAGUUAGCUGUGGAUGACUUCAAUUUCUGCCAGUCCAUACACCGUGAAGAAAUGGAGCGUCUUGAUAGGUGGAUUGUGGAGAAUAGAUUGCAGGAACUGAAAUUUGCCAGACAGAAGCUGGCUUACUGUUAUUUCUCUGGGGCUGUAACUUUAUUUUCUCCAGAACUAUCUGAUGCCCGUAUAUCAUGGGCCAAAGGUGGAGUACUUACAACGGUUGUAGACGACUUCUUCGAUGUUGGAGGGUCCAAAGAAGAACUGGAAAACCUCAUACACUUGGUCGAAAAGUGGGAUUUGAACGGUGUUCCUGAGUACCGCUCAGACAAUGUUGAGAUCAUAUUCUCAGUUCUAAGGGACACAAUUCUCGAAACAGGAGACAAAGCAUUCACCUAUCAAGGACGCACUGUGACACACCACAUAGUGAAAAUUUGGUUGGAUCUGCUCAAGUCUAUGUUGAGAGAAGCCGAGUGGUCCUGUGACAAGUCAACACCAAGCUUGGAGGAUUACAUGGAAAAUGCGUACAUAUCAUUUGCAUUAGGGCCAAUUGUCCUCCCAGCUACCUAUCUGAUCGGUCCACCACUUCCAGAGAAGACAGUCGAUAGCCACCAAUAUAAUCAGCUCUACAAGCUCGUGAGCACUAUGGGUCGUCUUCUAAAUGACAUACAAGGUUUUAAGAGAGAAAGCGCGGAAGGGAAGCUGAAUGCGGUUUCAUUGCACAUGAAACACGAGAGAGACAAUCGCAGCAAAGAUGAGAUCAUAGAAUCGAUGAAAGCUUUAGCAGAGAGAAAGAGGGAAGAAUUGCAUAAGCUAGUUUUGGAGGAGAAAGGAAGUGCGGUUCCAAGGGAAUGCAAAGAAGUGUUUUUGAAAAUGAGCAAAGUGUUGAACUUAUUUUACAGGAAGGACGAUGGAUUCACAUCAGAUGAUCUGAUGAGUCUUGUUAAAUCUGUGAUCUAUGAGCCGGUUACCUUACAGGAAGAAUCUUUAACUUGAUCCAAGUUGAUCUGGCAUGUAAACUCAGUAUAUGAAAAUAAGACUUUGGUCUUCUUCUUUAUUUGCUACAGAAUAAGAAGAGGUUUGUUUAGUUUAGGAAAACAAAGGCCGCUUUUUUUCAUAAAAGAUAAACUAAUAAAUGUGAUGGAAAAUU